UUAAUUUAAAAUGCAUUUUUAUGAGUUCCAACAAGUAUAAUCCCAAAAUAUCCUUGUGUAGGAAACGAUCUACCUCUAAUAACAACAAUCGCUGUAAUUGGGUGGAAACAACAUUUAAACAUAGAGAAUGUAACAAAUUUAUUCCAUCACUUUAUCCAUUGUCUGUUGAUCCAGCCAACAGGAAAUGUGGUUGUGGUCAGGACCUGAACCAACAUUCCGUUAAAUGUAUGCAAGAUUUUGACCACUCUAAAUCUGAAUAUUCUAAAUACUAUCUCGAAAAUGACCCCGAAUUCCCAACUCUUGAUGCGUACGAAACUAAGAAAUCUCCUCAUCCGCUAAAUUUGCCCCUAAAUGAUGGCCUAGGAGGUAUUAACUCCUGGCAUACCCAUGUCACAGCCCCCAAAUCUCCGCCUGAAUUAUUGUGGAACCCCAUUGUGCACACAUCGACGUUACACACUAACGCCUUUGGGACCAUCGAAUUUCAGGGGAUAUCUCAUCGUCACAAUGCUCAAUAUAUAAGGUUGUCUUAUGAUACACCGCCCGAAUCAAUAGCUCAACUCAUGAUAUCUCAUUGGGGCAUCGAGUUCCCCAAAUUACUCAUAUCAAUUCACGGCGGGCUAUCGAAUUUUGAAUUGAGCCCCAAGCUGUCCAAUUUAUUUCAAAAAGGAUUAGUUAAAGCGGCCAAAACUACAGUUACUUGGAUGCUUACGACAGGAUUAAAUACCGGUUAUGUAAAAUAUGUGGGAAAUUCCUUAAAUGAUAUGCCUUACAAAAAUCGAUCUAACCUUGUAACGAUUGGAAUUGCCCCAUGGGGUGUCAUUCAAAACAAAGAGGAUCUGAUUGGGCGAGAUAGAGUGGUCCAAUGCUUUUCUAUAAUGCCACAUUCACCGAACACAUUCCCUUUAAAUAGCCACCAUUCCUAUUUUCUGUUAGUUGACGAUGGAACCACGGGUAAGUAUGGCGCCGAGGUUAUAUUGCGCCGUAACUUGGAAUAUUAUCUUAUGCAAACUAAUGUAAAACAGUUGCGAUUUCCCAUAUGCUGCUCCAAUGCUCAAGUGAAAAGUCUCUUGAACCAGUUUUCCUAUCAUUAUAACCUGAUAGACUCACACCAUUUUGGACCUCACCAGGUGAAUCAGGAAGAUUGCCCUAUUAAAGUGGAGCCAGAUACUAAAUCGCCUAAAAUAAGCAAUGAUAAAAACGAAUCGGCCGAAAAAAUCAAAUCCAAGAGUGGAAUUAACCACGGGUCAAAGGAUAAAUUAUCGCCACAUAACUCUCUCUGCCCUUCUCACUACUACCACACGCUACCAUUAAACACUUUGAGACAAAAGAGGCAUCCGGUUUUUAGUCACCAUCAUCGUUUAUCGCCAACCCCUCAACCACUUAAUUACAAACAAUUAUAUCGUUAUAGAGGCAGAUCCUCUCAUCCUCUGUUCUCUAAUAAUCAACUCCAUAAAGGUUACAAUUACCGCGGGGAAGAUAUGCUAAAACUACAAGACCCUUCUUCGGCUCAUCAUAAAAGAUCACUCAUGACCUCUCCCGCCAAUAAAAGACAUUCCUACCCUGAAUCGGGUCGGAUGCAUACACCCCCGUUUAAGAAAACUCACAGCGUGCAUAAAUCGAUCGAUGAAAUGGUUCCAAUUGUUGGCCUAAUAUUGAAUGGUGGUAUAGAGGUGGUGAAAAGAGCUAUGGAAUAUAUUUGUGAAAAUGUAUCUCUUAGCCCCUGCCAAACUCAGAUUCAUAACCCCCAUUUGUACUUACCUUCGAUAUUAAAUAAUCAGAAAAAGAACUUGAAAUCAAACAAAAUGCACCAUAUGAAUCAUGCAAACUCUCACGGGUCGCGCUUUCAUAGCAAAUCCCAACAAGUCACGAGCUGCCACUACGAUAAUUUUUCGGUUCCGAUAGUCGUUGUAGAAGGAUCUGGAGGUAUGGCCGAUAUCAUUUGCUGCGCUUGCAACUUCCACAUCGAUCCCAUGGACAACUCUUUCACUGAUGACAACACAAAUAUUAUAGCUAAAAUGAUCUCUAGCCAAUGGUCUAUGGACCCCAAUUUACUUCAAAUCAUAAUAUCUGAUAUAUAUGUUUUGGCUAAGAAUAAAAAAUUGAUUACCAUACACAAAAAAACGGGCUCGAUGGGUCAAGAUUUAGACCAAGAUAUAUUAUGCGCUUUGUUAAAAAUUCAUAAUAAGAGGCCACUUGAUCAGCUACACCUAGCCUUAACGUGGAAUAGGGCUGACAUCGCCAAGACCGAAAUUUUUGUUUACGGUCAACAAUGGCCUGAAGGAGCUUUGGAAAAUGCCAUGAUGCAAGCUUUGAUUCACGAUCAAGUUGAUUUCGUCAAACUUUUAUUGGAAAAUGGAAUACAUAUAAAAAAAUUUCUGACCAUAGCUCGUUUAGAAAAACUAUACAAUUCGAAAUUCGGACCACCAAAUACCUUGCAUUAUUUGAUUCAGGAUGUUAAAAAGAAUAUCCCUCGUCUCAACUAUUGGUACACAAUGAUUGACAUUGGUUACGUCAUAGAUAGAUUGAUGGGCGGUGUUUAUAGAUGCUGUUAUGGCAGGAGACGAUUUAAAUCGAUUUAUUUUCCAUCUAAACAAAAUAAUCAAUGUCAUGAAAAAAAUGACGAUGAUAUCGAAACACUCGGUACAAACAAUGCGCACAAAACCCAAUCAAAUACACUGCUCCCUCCGCCCAACAUUCCCGAAUUUAUGACAUCCAUCUCCAAUUAUUCCAUCCAACUGCCUUCGACAAAUUGGGAAAAUGAACAACCUUUUCUCCAGCCUUACCACGAUUUGAUGAUAUGGGCUGUGUUGACGCAAAGGCAAACUACAUCCCUUUACUUUUGGGAAAUGGGAGAUGAACCUCUACCUAAGGCUCUAAUGGCCACUAAGCUAUACAAGAGUAUAGGGCAGGAAGCGGCUCAAGAUGAUCUCGAAACGGAUAUGAGCGAAAAGUGCCAAUCAUAUGCGAAACAAUACGCCAAACUAGCGCUAGAACUACUCGAGAAAUGCUUUCAAACUAAACAAGAUUACACGGAACAACUCCUUACCUACCAUCUCAAACAUUUCAGUGAUCAGACUUGUUUGAGCUUAGCCGUCGCCGCUAACCACUUGGAAUUUAUAGCUCACAAUUGUUGCCAAUUUUUAUUGGGAGACCUUUGGAUGGGUGGCUUAAGGGUUCGCAAAAGUUCGGGCAUCAAGAUUUUGAUGGGCCUAUUCUUACCAUGCACUAUCCUGACUCUGGAAUUUAAGACUCUGGCCGAACUACAACUUAUGCCUCAAACGCUGGAAGAGCACAUCAACGAUCUCGAACAAGAAACCGACGACAAUGAUGAAAACGAAUCCGAUAACGAGAGCGCUAACUUGGAGAACGACUUCUUUAACAUGCGAACCCAGGAUUUUUCCGAGGAUGUCUUUGUAGAAGACGAUGAUAACGAAAUAAACUUCGAUAAAUCUCCAAUUAUAACGCAAUCAGCUUUUCGAGAUUUACGAAAGGAUUCUAGCAAACAUUCAUAUAACCUUUCUCACGUAUCCCUACCCAGCACUACUCCCUUAGAACCCCCUUACAAUACAGUUGACUAUUUACCCAAAACUGCUUCUCAACAACCUUCGAUUCCCAUUAUUCGAAUAUCCUCCCCGCCCCGUAUCAACAUAAUCUCGCCGAACUCUCCUGCGCUGGUUUCCGUGAAAUCGGGUGGUUUUAAAAAAUAUAUGUUCUCAUUUAUUCCCACCUUCUUUGCCGCUUCACUAUUCAAUCAAAACAAACGCGAAAAUGGUUGGAGCCAAACCUCGACCACCGUUUUUUCUGACCCGGAAAACAAUCACGCCAAAUGCGAAAAAGAUAACGAUAUUAAAACAUCACCAAGACAUGGUAGUUAUCUGGCGCAGAUACAGCUUAGCCAUCACAAGAACUGUACGAUCGAAGCUAUCAAGUUGGCUAAAAUAGCUAGUGGAAAUGAUAAAGCAGUGGGCCGUACAAGAUCAUGGAUAGCCAGAAUUAUAAGGAGAUUUCGAUCUGACCCUAACAAUAAUUAUGAUAAGAAUAUGGUCGACAAAUUUGAUCCACCAAGGCGUGGUUCGCGAAAGUCAUUAGAUUGCAAAAAGUUAUCCAUUCCUAUCUUCGAACUUAGAAAUAAACUGUCGGAAAGAAAGAUAUCAACAAAUAUCAGGAAAAUGAACAAAAAAAGCUUUCCACGAAUAUCCACUAUAAAGUUACCAAAUCUGAAAUCAAGUCAAACUUCGAUGGGGUUUCCUUCGCCUUCCGCCCAAUCUAUGCUGAUGUCAAGUUCGACCACAAUGUUGAAUGCUAAAACCAAAUUUUACGAAUUUUAUAACGCGCCCAUAACCAAAUUCUGGUGUCAUACCUUGGCUUACUUCUUUUUUAUAUUUGUUUUUACACAUGUUGUUUUGGUGGGUAGUUCCGCCAAUAUUCUCAGAGACUCCAUAUUUGCAUUGAACAGAACUCUACUCAAUCAAGACGCUUCCUUUUAUUUCAAUUACCAAUUCAGCACUCCAAAUCAGUACCUCAACCAAUCCUACCCAGAUUUUAUUCUCAAAUCCCAUGUUUUAAAGGGCCAAGCUCAUGUUUUCUUGUUAUGGACCGAAAUAUUUGUCAUCGCUUAUAUCUUUACCUUCGCUUGCGAGAAGGUGAGGGAGGCAAUAUCCAGUGAAGCCGUUGGCUGGGCCCAAAAAUCAAAACUUUGGUUCUACAGUUUUUGGAACAUAGUUUGCCUCAUGGGAUUCAUCCUGUUCUUUAUCGGGCUCAUGUUCAAAUUAGCUGCCGCCGAUCGGUUAAAUCGGUUCUACAUUCAUUCCUGGAGAGCACAUCGACGGCAUGACAUUAUGAAAAUAGAUGUGAAUUAUUUAUUUCGGAUCAAGACUCUACUCAUAUGGAGUAGGUUUUUCAAUGCCCUCUCUGCUAUAUUUUGGUAUGUCCGCAUAUUGGACAUAUUAAGUUGUAACAAAUACCUCGGUCCAUAUGUCGUUAUGAUAGGAAAAAUGAUGUUAGAUAUGAUGAUAUUUGUCAUGAUAAUGAUAGUGGUGAUGGCAUCCUUCGGCAUGGCUCGUUACUCCAUUCGUAAUCCCAGUGCCGAAUCGUCUUGGACCUUAAUAAAAGAUAUAUUUUAUCAGCCUUAUUGGAUGAUGUAUGGCGAAGUUUUUGCCCCCGACAUUAAUCCGGAAUGUGGAAGCAAUGGGGUACCUUGUAUAACUGGCGAUUGGAUAUCACCAGGAUUAAUGGCACUUUACCUAUUAGUGACAAACAUCCUAUUAGUCAAUUUGCUAAUCGCGGUUUUCAACCAUACCUUUCUCAAAGUUAGUGCAAUAUCUCAACAAAUCUGGAAAUUCGGACGUUUUGAUCUGACAAUCGAAUACGAGAUGAAGCCUAUAUUGCCUCCACCUUUGAUAGUUUUCUGUCAUUUAUAUAGGCUUUUCAAGUAUUUUUGGAAUCGCAAACGUUAUGGUUACUCAGGGAUCGAAGCUAAUUUUGAUUAUGGGCUGAAACUGUAUCUGUCAGAGGAAGAAGUAAACAAGCUUCACGAGUUCGAGAAAUGUUGUCUCGACGAUUUGAUAGGAGAUAAAUCAUUUCUCCUCCAAUCGACGAUAGAAAAGCAGAUUGCUCGCGCUUUGGAUCAAUUUGAGGACAUGUCAUCAAGAAUCGAUUAUUUAUAUAACAAGCAACAAAAUAUCAACGCCAUGUUUACAAAUUUCGAUAAACGAUUACACAAUUUAGAUAACGUUACCACGACAACCAAUCAUAUUCAUCCAAUUGUAAAUAGCAAAAAAAAUUAUCCCCAAUAUGAUCCCGGAAUAAUAUAUACCACUCCUUCGAGUAAUGCGCUCAAUCAAAAUAACUGGGAACCGAGCUCACCCAUAACCAGUAUUCAGCAGAAAUCAACGCCUUCUUUAAACAGAUUAUUCGUCAUGCGAUAUAAGAACAGUCAUUCUAAUAUGGGCGCAAAAACAUCGUCGCCUAAACUCGUGUCAACAAUUAAAGAAGAUCGCGGCAACUUAAAAUAUGAAGUUGAACCUGUAACAUAUGACAUAGCUAACUCGACCUUAGAUUCUGAGGCAUCUUAUAUUAAUUCGGAAGAUAAUUUGUCUUUCCCCAUGGUCACAACCAAUUCCGAUCAUGAUAAGGGGAACGAAAAUAACGAUGACAAAAAUUAUUUAGAAUUUUAAAUUUGGAAAAUUAUGCAAUAUACUACAUAAUUUGUUUAUAAUGAUGCAAUCAAAUAAAUAAAAAGACCUUUAUUAAUAUAAGAGAACGCGAUUAUAAAUAUAUAUAUUUAAAUUAAUCAGAUGUAUUUUUUAUUUAUUUAUCAACUAUAUAAUAAUUAUAUAAUGUAUGUGACUAAAAAAAACUGGUCA